AGCAACGCCCCUGAGACGCGGCGAGGCUUCAUCAAACUCAGACAGAAGAAGAGGCAGCGGAGGGCGCGCUGACAGACGAAGAAGAAUUUAACGGUUCCCGGUUGUUGAACCGCUGCAGCCUCCAUCGUGCCGGUGCUUCACGAACUGCGAUGGGCUCCACUGUAACACCGGUCAAGCCGCUAGCUGCUACGUUCACUGCUCCAUGCUAACUCACCGCGAUGUGUUUCCGACGGGUAGCUAAGUGCUAACGACUCACGUCAACAAGGAGCAUUACUGCAGCCAAAGAACCAGAGCAAUGGAGGGCGGCUCUGAGGUGAUGGAGGACAUUGAUUUUCGAGGGGUGGAGUUUUCUGUAAAGAUAGAGGUGGACAAAGGUUUGCUGAUGGUGGAAAUCUCAGACUCAAUGACAGCGGAUCAGUGGAGGGGGGAGUUUGAUCCAGCAUACAUUGAGGAUCUCACUCGGAAAACUGGCAACUUCAAGCAGUUUCCCAUUUUCUGUAGCAUGCUGGAAUCCGCUGUUAGAAAGAUGAGCGAUUCAGUUACACUUGACCUCCUGACCUAUGCUGACCUGGAGCUGCUACGUAACAGGAAAGCAGGAGUGGUUAGUCGUCCUCGCGGAAAUCAGCAGUCGUCUGCUCUCACUGCCAAAAGAUAUCUAAUCCUCAUAUACACUGUGGAGUUUGACAGGAUACAUUACCCUUUACCCCUGCCCUAUGUGGGUAAGCCUGACCCGGCUGCCCUGCAGAAGGAGGUCAGAGCCCUCAGGGCUGAGCUCAGCGCUCUCACCUCUCGGGGAGUUAACAAAUCUGCAGACCUGGAAAUACAACGGCUACGAGCAGAGCUGGCUCUGGUGAAAGAAGAGAAGGAGGCUAUGACUAAAGCUCUGGAGCAACUGCAGAUGACUGCAAGUGGUUCCACAUCUGGACGAGAGGACUGGAGGGUUAGAGAUGUGGCGAGGACACUGGAGGAACAGCUUGUCAAGGAGAGAGCCAAAAGUCAACGCUCUGCAAGCAAGAGAUGCCAGGAGCAGAGACUCCUAAUGGAGCAGUUGGAGGAGCUGAGAGCAUCAGAGUGUGCUCUCCGUGUUCGUGUCAAGAGUCUCACCAAUGAACUGGCGAUACUACGGAGAGGGUUAGACAAUCUCAGCGUGCGAGUGACUCCAGUGUCCGGUCACAUCAGCUCUCGGGUUGAUGGGGAAAUAUAUCGCUCUCUCUCCCGUGAGAGAGGAUCAAGGUACGGGACGGUCAGGGCUCGCUCAGGCUCCAGAGAACGGGUUUACGACAGAGUGCAAAGGUCAGAUGAAAGAGGAAGAAGAGCAGAUUCCUCAGGACCACGUGCUUGCAUAUCCAGGCCGUCACCCUCUCCUACUGGGUCACGGGUACCACGCUUUGACCCGACAGCAUACAUCCAGGACAGACAUCGCAGACAGAAAGAGGCGGAAAAAAAACAAAGGAAGGUACGGAGAGAUAUGCUGACAUCGCCCAAUAUACCUGAGAGGGGGCGUUCACGUUCCAGAGAGGCGUAUCCUCAGAUGGUUCGGUCUGGCAGCAGAGGCAGGAGUUUAUCUGUGGAGCGGAGAGGGAGCAGGAACUCCUCUGAAAGCUCCUUAGUGGAUAUGGACGAAAUGGCCAAAACCCUGUUUAGAGGAAGAAAACAGACUUACAAUUACAAUGGACCCAGUGCGUCAAGAGGAGGCCUUUCAACCAGGAAACAACUGUGCAGUACUCCAACACAGAGAAUGAAAGAAAAAGAGAGCUCCAUACAUACGGGUGCCGAACUGUCAGAGAUCGAUGCCAGGCUGCAGGCGCUGCAGGACUACAUGAGGGACCUGGACACAGGACAAUAACACAGAUUUGAGCUCAGGCUGUGAAACACAUCAACCUUCCAACAUGAGAGAUGGGUUCACCUGUGUUCAUGUGAAAAACCAAAUCUCCCCCUGGAGGGUCAGACUUCAGGAAAAUACAGCCAUCACUGUGAAGGACUACUUUUUGUGGACUUAAAUCAUUUUUUUAUAUGCCAAGUUUUUAUGAAUUAACUUAAAGUAUGACUGUCAGAGUGUAGUUUUAUUCUUUCUAAAACGUCACCAAACAAACUACACAAUUGUUAUAGUCUGUGUCAGGAUAUGAUCAUCCCACCGUACAUCUACACAUUCAUGGUCAUUACUGAAAAAUGUUUUUUGACCUAAUACAUUUUCAAAAUUGCUGCGUUUUAUCAAGUUGUUGUCAGUUCUCCUUGUUUGUGCAUGCCUGGGUAAUCUCUACCCUUAAAGAGAAAUGUCCAUGGGUGUGAUUGUGAUCGUGUGAUACUAGAUUAACAUGUUGUCGAACCUGUUACAGACAUGUUUCUUCCACGCAGUGCAUGCUGGGACACCCUCCAGUUGCUGCUGUACCAUGAAACACAGGAACAAAGUCAAUGACAUACAGGAUUUCACUACAUUCAUGGCUAAAUGUCAUUCAAACUGUAUUUGUCAUAAGUGUGGUUUAAUUUUGACCUUGAACUCAACAUUAUCACUGUAUUCUAAUUGAACCAUUAUGACAUUCAACUUGAUCUGCAUGCUGCAUUAUAAUGGUGUAUUUUCUUCUGUUUGAAAGUAAAUUGACCUAAUUUUCCUUUUUGAAUUUACAUCCCAAACUAAAACAGUUAUUUUUAAUCUUGGAUCAUUUGUAAUACUCAUCAGUGUUUUUUUUGUGUGAUGGUAUAAAAACCUGCAGUAUGUGUUUAAGACCGUUACUCAUUCCCCAGUCGAAUGCUUUUAUACCACUUAAAACUCUAAUUUAUAAGAAAGUUAUUGUUGGUGUAAAGAUUUUUUUUAAGCGCAUGCAAUCUUCUCCAGACCUGUAGUUUUGUACACACUGCUUCCCUUUGCACUGGUGUCAGCUGAAGUGAAGAGAAGCCUUGAAGGGUUUCACCACCGCAGCAGCUUUCAGUAAUUAACAAAUAAACUUCCUCUCAGAGAAACGGUA